UACUUAAAGCAGUGCAGCGGUUGACUCCGUGAUGAGAGGAUCGUAGCAGCGUUCCGCGCCGUGCUAAUCGUCUCUGGAACGGCCUCCCGCAGCGCGUUCGUCGUCACUCGGGCGCCUUUAUUUCUCCUUGAAAUUUUCCAGGAACGUGACGUCGGGCGUUGUUUUCCCCUAUUUAACUGGAAGGGAAAUUCCAGGACCUGGAAAGGCGGGCGUUUCUAGUAUAAUUGUAUCCUUCGAAGUGCGAUCGGCCAGGAGCCCUCAGGUGCUGGCUGACCUGUUGCACCUUUUCUUACCUUGCCACGAUUGCACUUCUUGUCCUUUGACGUUUUUGUAUCGUUUCUCUUGAGUGAUAUAUUGCCCCCCGUGACAGAAAGAGCGAAGGUGGAACUAGCGGUGUUUAUGAGCGAGGGAAAGAAGUGAUUUGAUUUUGAAAUAGAACGAUUUUUAAUGGUAACCCUCGUCAGGAGUGUCGAUUCAUAUCUUAGAAAGUCCACGGUUGAAAAAUAGUUUUUGUUGUGGGUUACUACACAACGUUUAGUGAACCUCUCAUCAUGCUGCAAUACCAGAAAAUGCCACGUCAAGGACCUCUUCAGUCCCAUACUUAGUCAAGGAAAGUGAGUCCCCAUCUCUAGCUAGUCCUCUGUUUGAUCCAAAACAUGAUUUUAUGAUGGGCACAGUUUUGGGCUGUGUGGGGCAGUCUACCAGAGACUCCGUCAAGCCCCUUUCGGCCACGUCUUCAUCUUCAGGAAAUCCACGCAACAAAACUGCUCUGAAGCCCGGUCGAAGUUUGAUGGACUGGGUCAGACUGGGUCACUCAGGUACAGAUUUAACUGGCACUGGAGGACGGCUGCUCGAUGUCACUCCCCAUGAACUGGCAAAGCAUAACAAACGCAAUGACUGCUGGAUGGUCCUGAAAGGAAAAGUCUACAAUGUAACGCCAUACAUGGAAUUCCACCCUGGAGGAGAAGAGGAACUGAUGCGAGGUGUUGGUAUAGAUGCAACAGAUCUCUUCAAUGAGGUUCACAAGUGGGUCAAUUACGAGUCUUUGCUCCAAAAGUGCCUUGUAGGACGCCUGGUAGAGAGUCGCUCCCUCUUCCUGAAACCCAGUUUCUUACCUCUUGGAAAAAGUACAAAGGAGGCUAACAAAAAAAAUGUCACACAAAUCCCUCCAAGUAACUCUUUAGCAGUACCUUCCUUAAAUGUGCCAGCGCAGAAAGGAGGAGGGUCAAAUUUGAAAUCGCCUUUGUUGUCACCUAUGACCCCAUCAUCACUUCCUACCCCAAAGUAUGAUUGGUUUCAGAAUGACUCAAGAAUCAAUAUUGUUGUGUAUAGCAAGUGGAAACAUAUAACAAAGGAACAUGUGGUUGUCAUCAAAAGAGGAAAGGAAAUGAAGAUUGUAUGCUACAUACUAGACAUGGUGUACACAGUGCACUUAGAUUUCCAUAAACCUGUAUCAGAUGAGUUUGAAUUGAAAACUGGAUGUGGCACAGGAAAAGUAGAUAUAAUGUUGAAUAAAGCAGAAACUGGAGUACGAUGGAGUAAUAUUGGGAAAACCUUGGAGGAGAAUGGAAAGUAUGUGAAAUCAAAGGAUAAACAGAUUGAGUAUGUAGAGUGCUCCCUUUUGAAGAAGAGUAAUAUAACACAUGAUACCCGGAUGUUUGUUUUAGAAGUGCCUAAAUUUACAUAUUUGCCAGUGCCUAUUGGUUACCAUGUAUACAUAAGGAUACCAGGAAAAGAUGUCUGUAAGCCAUAUACUCCUGUUGCUGCAAAAUUAAAUGUUGCAGCUGAAGAAGAACUCGGACAUCACAUUUAUCUAUUUAUAAAAAUUUAUCCAGAUGGUGCAUUGACUCCUUUAUUAGAUGACUUGUCUUUAGAAUCAAAGAUUGAAGUAAGUCUACCAGAAGGGACUUUCACACAUGACAAAUUGACUAUAGCAGUAGAUACAGCAACAGAUCUUGUUCUACUUGGUGCUGGGACAGGUAUCACUCCACUCGUGAAAGUUAUGCUUGCAGGUCUAAAAAAUGAAAAAAAUAUCAGGUUAGUUCUCUUUAAUAAGACAGAAGGAGAUAUACCCUGGAGAGAAGAGCUGGAGAGUCUUGUUGCAGACCAUUCUAAUAUAUUGAAGGUCACACACAUACUUUCAAGACCAAGUGAUUCUUGGUCAGGUAUGCAGGGCCACAUAAGGAAAGACCUCUUACAAAAGAUUCUCCCCGUUAAUGAUGAGACUGUACUUUUCACAUGUAUAUGCGGGCCUACUAUAUUUACAAAAUUAUCUGUUAACUUACUGAAGGACCUCGGGUAUUCCAGUGAAACUUACCAUGCUUUCUUAGGAUAACAGAGCAGAAGGCAACAAAUGUUUCUUUAGAAAACAUUCUUUAAUCUCAGGAAGUUACAAAAGAUCGUUAGAUAAAUGGAUCUUUCUUUAAAAUAUUUUGUUACUCAUAAAACUGUGGUUUUAUCAGUCCAUAGACCAUCUGAAGACUCUUGGGUGGUAUAUAUCUGUUUUUAACAUUUAUAAUAAGUAUCUUUAAGAGCGUAUUUUUAUCUAAAUUAUAUUUUAAGGUAAGUGAGAAUCAACUACAGAAUAUUAUUUUCAAAUGAGUGAAAAGAUAUUUUUACUGAGUUUUAUUAAAAAGAAAUAUUUUCAAAUAUUGAUGAUAUUUCCAUAAAUAAGAAUUGGUAAAGUGAUGCCAAAAUGGAAGAAUUCUAGUCACCUAGAAGGAAAUGUCUGUGAUUAUUGAGUGGAAUUUGAAAUAUGUACCGUAAUCAUAUGAAGACAUGCAGUACUGUAUUAACGUUAACCCUCUGGGUAUGAAUCAUAGGCUUUCUAGAGAACUGCUAUGAACAAUUUUAUUCAAAUGUUUUUAUAGAAAGCAAAUUAAAAAAUAUGUACUAUGUAUACAACCACACACAUAUUGCAUACUUGCACACAUACUGUAUAUACAGCUGUAUAUAUAUUAGUAAGCUAACGAUCACACAGUGUGUGCAUAUACUGUAUGUUUGUGUGUAUGAUAUACUCCCUUUCUGUUUAAUUAUGUACUGUAUGUACAGCAUAUUUAUACAGUAUAUUAAAGCAACCAACCCACAAGUCAGUGUCAGCUGAGCAUAAAGACUUUUAUUUACC